UCUUGGCUGUAAAUUGUAAAAUUUGCCUCAGACGAUCUCGGGACGCCGAGAGAGAAGGUAGCUUGGCUUGGGAGCCAUUCUGAAGACCUGGGUCGGAAGAAAGAAAGAAAGAAAGGGCAGCCGCGGCUAGAAGGCCCGAAGAGACAGGCUCCGUUUCUGAAGCAGAAAUGGCAAAGCCUUGUGAAACGGAUGGAAGAAAUAAAGGCAAAAUUUUUGAAAAUUUCCACAGCUUUUUCUAAAGGGACCAGCGCUGAAUUCAAGUCAACGUGAAGAAAGAAACAAAAGGUCGAGAGACAGAGGACGGAAGAUGCUUGAAGACACCCUCGCAAGGACACCGCCUGCCUCCCUAAAGAGGUCGUUUUCAGGGUAAUUGGUGUAAGGGUAGGCAUUUAAUGUCUAUCUUUGCAUUAAAAAAAGGGUUACCUUUGCACACGGUUCCCCUCGCGUGUGGCAUCGAAGAAGUCCCACUCGGGAACGGACGGGUCCUCCCUUUGUUCUAGGCAGAUGAUGGGUCUUCCUAUACGGGCCGUAGGGGUCACAGCUUGGGGGUCAGCGGGGGGCCCCGCCCUGGCAUCGCAGGGGGCAGCACACAUUACGGGCAUUUUAAGAUGUCCUUGCAACUUAGAAAUAAAAAUAUCAAUACCUUAACUCACUAACAUCCUACUAACACCAUUCUAAAUAGGGUACCCUGCCCUUUUAAAUAGGACUGUGUUCUGCCUGAUGGCAAGAACCAAGCUGGGAAGGGAGGGGGCCUCCUGGCCCCCCAUAAAAGGGCCCCCAUGGAAGGACAUUGCAAAAGGCCCCUAAGGUGUCCUGAGAGCAGCCUCUUGGUCCUCAGUGUUCCCCACGGUGCCAGGGCUGGGCCCCUCGCUCUCCCCCAACCCAUGGACCCUGCCGCUUGUAUAUCAUCCGUCCAGGGCCAACGGACGCCCCCUCCCUCCCCGGGCGGAGCUUCGAGGCCACACUCAAGGGGAGACCAGAGCCGUGUGCCUCAUGCCAACGCCUAGCACGUGGCGAACCUUUUUUUUUUACUGCAAACAUAGGCAUCAUGAUUGUGAUUUUUGUUAAUUCCUUUUAAAUUUAAUUGUUUGUAUUCGAUAGCAUGGUAGGCUGGUUUUAUAUCAGUGAGCCGCCCCGAGUUCCUCUGGGGAGACGGUGGCAGGGUACAAAAAUAAAAUUAUUAUUAUUAUUAUUGAUUCGAGGCACCUGGAAAAAAAGACCAGGAAGCAGAUAAAAUUAUUAUUAUUAUUACUGAUUUGAGGCACCUGGAAAAAGAAAUACCAGGAAGCAGAUAUUAUUAUUAUUAUUAUUGAUUCCAUGAAAAAGAAAUACCAGGAAGCAGAUAAAAUUAUUAUUAUUGUUAUUGUUGUUGUUAUUAUGUAGGACCCCCUUUUAUUUAUGUAAGGCCACACACCCAGGGGACCACUAUUCCUAAUUAAAGCCUGGUUAAAGGGGAUCCUCUAUUCUUAAAGUUAGGCGUAUAGAGAUCUCCUAUCCAGAAACUAACGCGGCCUGCCCUAUAGAGAUCUGUUAAACCAAGGCGGCCUGCCCUAUAGAGAUCUCCUAUUUCACGUAAUACCAGGCAAUAUGGAGAUCCCUGGUUUUUUUAACCGUUAAAUCCCUUACGUGGGGAUAUCCCUGGUUUUUUUAACCGUUAAAUCCCUUACGUGGGGAUAUCCCUGGGUUUUUUUAACCGUUAAAUCCCUUACGUGGGGAAAUCCCUGGUUAUUUUAACCAUUAAAUCCCUUACGUGGGGAGAUCCCUGGUUAUUUUAACCUUUAAGUCCCUAACGUGGGGAAAUCCCUGGUUCUUUUAAUCUUUAAGGCCAGAUGUGGGGAUUUCCUUGCUUUUAACCCGUAAGGCCAGCCAUGGGGAGAUAUCUUAGGCUGUUUUCACGAAAAGUCAGGUAUAGAUGCACUGUUUUCUCUCCCGUUCCAUGUGCCUGGACUCCCGGAGGGCUCCUGCCGGACACCGUCUCCCAUCGGCCGAGAGGGAUCCUUCUUGUCUGGGAAGGAUCUGCAACACAGGUAAAAAGAAGAUUCCGGGAAGGAGAUUCUACAGCGGAGCCCUUAAGCCAGGUGAGACACUCCUUCCAGCCUCCACGGCUGCCUUGCACACACACACACACAUGACACACACAACACACAUACACAUGUACAGCUGGGGUCCACGGGGACUCUUCCUCAAUAGAUCGGGGACUCCCACUCCGGCGAUUGGCCAUUGUAAAUGCCUUGAAGCAGUUUGGGGCUUCCGGCCAAGCACUUCCAAAGAGAAUCCAUUCAAGGUUGGACCCCCUUUUAAAGGGGCUGGCACGUGGUAUUUAUUCCUGGCACGUGGAAAACUCCAUUUGUAAGGCAAACCCUCGUUAAAGGAGGUUUGCAAUUAAUUUAAAACCAGGCUUCUGAGGGACCCGCUGCGUUUAAAGCCAAACCUAGCAGGUGGGAACCCCUUUGGUUAACGUAAGGCGAGGGACCCUCCAUAUUUAAUAAGAUGCCUGGCAGAAUCUUAACCUAAAUGCAGGCCUAUGGGCUACAGCCUAUUCUGCAUAGCCAGGCAUGAGGGGACCCCAGAUUAUUAACUUGAGGCCUGGGAAAAGGAGAUUUUUGUAUUUAUUUAUUACAAUAUUUAUAUCCCGCCCUCUCUCCCCUUAAAAGGGGACUCAGAGCAGCUUACGUUAUAUUUACAUAUUUAUUUAUUACAAUAUUUAUAUCCCGACCUCUCCCCUUAAAAGGGGACUCAGAGUGGCUUACAAGUUAUAUUUACUUAUUUAUUUAUUACAAUAUUUAUAUCCCGCCCUCUCUCCCCUUAAAAGGGGACUCAGAGCGGCUUACAAGUGAUAUUUACAUAUUUAUUUAUUACAAUAUUUAUAUCCGGCCCUCUCUCCCCUUAAAAGGGGACUCAGAGCGGCUUACAAGUGAUAUUUACAUAUUUAUUUAUUACAAUAUUUAUAUCCCUCCCUCUCUCUCCUUAAAAGGGGACUCAGGGCGGCUUAACAAUAAGACGCAUAUAUAAAAAACCAUACAGUGCAAUAUAAAUCAUCAUUAACUUGCAUCAGUAUUCAUAAAACACAUUAUAAAAUACAGAUAGGUGUGUUCAGUUCAAAUCCAUUCAAGGUAUACGUGGACCCCCUUUUAAUGCCUACCUUUCCACGUGGAAAACUCCCAUUUGUAAGGCAAACCCUCGUUAAAGGAGGUUUGCAAUUCAUUUAAAACCAGGCUUCUGAGGGACCCGCUGCGUUUAAAGCCAAGCCUAGCAGGUGGGAAUCCCUUUGGUUAACGUAAGGCGAGGGACCCUCCAUAUUUAAUAAGAUGCCUGGCAGAAUCUUAACCUAAAUGCAGGCCUAUGGGCUACAGCCUAUUCUGCAUAGCCAGGCAUGAGGGGACCCCAGAUUAUUAACUUGAGGCCUGGGAAAAGGAGAUUUUUGUAUUUAUUUAUUACAAUAUUUAUAUCCCGCCCUCUCUCCCCUUAAAAGGGGACUCAGGGCGGCUUAACAAUAAGACGCAUAUAUAAAAAACCAUACAGUGCAAUAUAAAUCAUCAUUAACUUACAUCAGUAUUCAUAAAACACAUUAUAAAAUACAGAUAGGUGUGUUCAGUUCAAAUCCAUUCAAGGUAUACGUGGACCCCCUUUUAAUGCCUACCUUUCCACGUGGAAAACUCCCAUUUGUAAGGCAAACCCUCGUUAAAGGAGGUUUGCAAUUAAUUUAAAACCAGGCUUCUGAGGGACCCGCUGCGUUUAAAGCCAAACCUAGCAGGUGGGAACCCCUUUGGUUAACGCAAGGUGAGGGACCCUCUAUUUUUAAUAGGAUGCCUGGGAGAAUCUUAACCUAAAUGCAGGCCUAUGGGCUACAGCCUAUUCUGCAUAGCCAGGCAUGGGGGGACCCCAUAUGAUGAAUUCGAAGCCUGGUAAAAGGAGAUUUUAGUAUUUAUUAACUUAUUACAUUUAUAUCCCGCCCUCUCUCCCCUUAAAAGGGGACUCAGAGCGGCUUACGAGUUAUAUUUACAUAUUUAUUUAUUUAUUACAAUAUUUAUAUCCCGCUGUCUCUCCCCUUAAAGGGGACUCAGAGCGGCUUACAAGUUAUAUUUACAUAUUUAUUUAUUUAUUACAAUAUUUAUAUCCCGCCCUCUCCCCUUAAAGGGGACUCAGGGCAGCUUAACAAUAAAACGCAUAUAUAAAAACCAUACAGUGCAAUAUAAAUCAUCAUUAACUUACAACAGUAUUCCUAAAACACAUAAAAUACAGAUAGGUGUAUUACAUACACUGUAUCAUUAGCAUCGCACAAUAUUAGCAUUAUAUACUACAUUGCAUUAUACCACUAUACAGAAACAUUAUUAGCAAUAUUACAUUUAAUAUAUAAUAUGUAAUUCAUAUUAUUAUAUUGUAUCAUUGUUAGUAUUAUAUUGCAUUAUUUAUUUAUUUGCUAGAUGUAUAUGCUGCCCUUCUCACCCCCAAGGUGAACGGCUUACAAAUUAAAUUUACAUACAAUAUUAUAUUAUUACCAUAGUACAAUACUGGCAGUAAAUUACUAUAUUGUACUAUAUGAAUAUAUGGUAAUAUUAUUAGUAGUAUUACAUGCAAAAUGUAAUACAUAAUUAAUAUUAUUAUAUUUAAUUAUUAGUAUAUUGUUUUACAAUAUAAUAUGAACAUUAUAUGUAUAUGCAAUAUGUUAUAAUUAUAUAUUAAAUUUUAUAUAUAUAUACACACAGUAGAGUCAUCCAACAUAAAUAGGCCAGCGAAUAUUUAUUUAUUUAUUUACAGCAUUUUACCGGGCUGGCCUCGAACUCAUGACCUCCUGGUCAGAGUGAUUUGUUGAUAUUUAUUAUUCAUUUACAGCAUUUAUAUUCCGCCCUUCCUUCUCACCCCGAAGGGGACUCAGGGCGGAUCACAUGGCACAUAUAGGCAAACAUUCAAUGCCUUUUAACAUAGAACAAAGACAAACAAACAGGCUCCGAGCGGGCCUCGAACUCGUGACUUCCUGGUCAGAGUGAUUCAUUGCAGUUAAUUGCAGCUGGCUUGCUUUCCAGCCUGCGCUGUUGGAUAAUAAGGAGGCAUUAUGGAAAAGCCUAUUAAACAUCAAAUUAGUUGAUGAUUUUACAAAUUAAGCACCAAAACAUCAUUUGACAGAAAAAGUAGUUCAAUAUGCAGUAAUGCUAUGUAGUAAUUACUGUAUUUACGGAUUUAGCACCAAAAUAUCACGACGCAUUGAAAACAUGGACUACAAAAAUGCGUUGAAUAAUCCAGAAUGUUGGAUAAGAGAGUGUUGGAUGAUUAUACAAUAUAAAUUAGAAUAGCAUGUUAUUGGGGGAGGAGCAUCUUGGUUAUUAGAUGUUUUUAUUAGUUAUUGAUAUUAGUAUAGAUAUGACAUUGAGUAUAUAUUAUCCUAGCACAAUGUUAAUACUAGUUAUUCAUAUUAGUCUCAAUAUGACAUUAAUAGAGUACAUUAUUAUCCUAGCACAAUGUUAUUAGAUGUUAAUAUUAGUUAUUGAUAUUAGUCUCCAUAUGACAUUAAUAGAGUAUAUUAUUAUUCUAGCACAAUGUUAUUACAUAGGACCAUGUUGUUGCUAGGGGGAGGGCCCCCCCACUGAUUGUAUUAUUAGUAUUAUGUUGUUGCUAGGGGGAGGGCCCCCCAACUGAGAUCCCCUGUCAUUAAUGUGUCAGACCAGGCAUUUCACUCCUACCUUUGCAUCAGAAAGCAGGCUCCCUGUGCGCUAGGCCUUCCUUUGAGGAACACAUUCACAGCUCCGCUUGAGUGUGGCAUUGAGGCCCCACUCAGGGACGAGCGGGUCCUCCCUUUACCCUGGGCAGAUCGUGGGGGGUGGGCGGAUCUCCCUAGACGGGCAGGGGGUCGCGGCUGGCGGGACAGCGGGAUAUAAAAAUAUAAAUAUAUAUAUUAAAACCCUUGCACCCAAGGAAACAACUCUGGGGACCCGAGCGGCUGCUCCCAGCUCACGUCACGGGCAUUUUAAACAUCUCGUAGCAGCUCAGAUUAAUACCUGAACUAACCGUAACCUGCUAACCCUACUAACCCAUUUCUAACUAGAGCAGGAAUUUUAAAUAGGGCUGUUUUUGCCUGUUGGCAAGAACCAAGCUGGGAGGGGGCCUCCGGGCCUCGGGUGGGAAGAACCCUAACCCUGUCUCUGCCCUGCGCUGGGAGCGCCCCCCCUCGGGACCCCAGUGUUUGGUCCCCGCUCUCCCCCAAUCCGACGGUCUAGAAAGCCCCUCCGCCAUCCGCCCAGGGCCAACGGACAGCCCUCCCUCCCCGGCAGCUGCGUUCCUCAUGCAACAGGGAGCCUGGUUCUGGAUGCAAACGUGGGACCCCCUUAGGACCCCCUUUUCUCUGUGCAGGGACCCCCGCUCCCCAUAAAUAAAUGCCUGGUGGAAGGGGAUCCUAGUAGAAAAAGCCACAGUUCCCAAGAGCCCCCAAAAGCGAGAUGCUCCCUUGGUUCAGCCCUUCUGACACUUGUUUUCUCCCUUGUUCUAUGUCUCCGGAAUCGCCGAGGGAGGGGCUCCUCCUGGACAAGAGCCAAGGACGGACAGAUGGAUGGACGGACGGACGUAAGGAGAUCCCAGAGAGCAGGACGCCUUGCCGUUCUGGCUGCUGAGCUCGACCCCUUUCCAACAAUGUCAGCGUUCCAGAAUAAAACUCUUCCCAAAAAAAGGUGUUUUCUGGUUAUUAUUCAAACGUUUAAUUUUUGACAGCCUUAAACAUCUAGAUUACAAUACAGUUUGUGCUGCUGCCUUUUAUAAACCUUGUUUUCUACAAAUAAAGUCAAGAGAAACACUUUAAGUUUUGCACUGUGCUCAGACUCAUUGUUCUGAUAUUCUGUCAUAUGGUUUUAUUAUUUAUAUCGUUUUUAAUGUAUGACUUUAUUACAUGUGACAUGGGAGCGAGGUAUAAAAAUAAAGUAUUAUUAUUAAUAAACACAAUUUUCUUGCACCCCAAGUACAUCUGGCCAUUGCCAGAGUAUUUAACUCUGCCUACAUGGCACUAAAGUGUAUUUAUAUGUUGAUUGUUUCUAUUGAUUUUAUGUAAUGUUUGCUUUAUUUGCAUUGAAUUUUUGUCUGGAUGUAUCUUGUAUGCCGCUCAUCUCCAUAAAUGAGCGGGAUAGAAAUGAGGUUAAUAAUUUUACGAAUGUUUUAAUGUAACUUGAAUUUUAAAUUGAGUUGAAAUGUGAUUGUAAUUGUUUAUAAGUGUUAUCUAUUUGUAAGCCACCAUGAGUCUCCUCUUAUUGGGUGAGAAGGUCUGGGAAGAAAUACUGUCAUAAAUAAAUAAAAUAUUCUGUGUCCAGGUUGCUUCAUGGGUUGACUUCUCUGGCAGGAUUAAUCUGCAGAGCCUUUCCUGUGUGAAAGUUUACACAGGGACUACUAACAAGCAUGGAGCAGGGAAGGCACUGCAGACACUCCUGCGCAUGCGCGGCCUGCUCCCUAGUAGAAACGGCCCCGCCUACUACAGCCAUCCUUUUCCCUUCUGCGGCUGCGCGGCCUGUUCCGUAUUUGAGGGAACUUGGCCCCGCCCACUACAGGCACCCCUUUACUUUCUGCGGCUGCGCGGCCUGUUCCAUAUUUGGGGGAACUUGGCCCCCACCCACUGCAGGCAUUCCCUUCACUUCUGCGUCUGCGCGGCCUCCGUCACAGGGCGGCAAGAUGGUUGCCCGCCCCGGUAAGUCGUUCGGGGCGGCCGAUUCCACGGCGACCCGGCUCCGUCGAGGCCUCGUCGCCAAGACCCGGGAGGAGGAAGGGAGCCGGGAGCGUGGCCUUCCAAACAACGUUCGCAGGCCAAGGCGCGGAAGGAAUCCCAGGCAGGAAAACCCACUUCGGCCUUCGCUCCUGGUGUUUUGGACUCUUCCCCAACCCGUAGGCAGGCUGCUAGGCAUUGUGGGAGUUUGAGUCCCAAACAUACUAUACUCAUGUACUAUAUACACAUAUAAUGAUAAUCCGAUGCAAUACAAUUUAAUAAUUACAUUAAAUUACAUUAAUAGUGCAAUGUCGUAUAGUACAAUAUAAUCUGCUUAUAUUGUGCUGUACUAAUAUAAUGUACAUACAUAAUAUUGAUAAUAUUCUGAUGUAAUACAAUUUAAUAGUAAUAAUACACUAUUAUAAUUGUAUAUAUUACAUGUAAUGUUACUAAUAACAUUGCAAUAUAGUCCUAUAGUACAAUAUAAUAAUAUAUAAUGCUUGUAUUGUGCUGUACUAAUAUAAUAUAUUGUAUGUACAGUAGUCUCACUUAUCCAACAUAAACGGGCCGGCAGAACGUUGGAUAAUCGAAUAUGUUGGAAAGAUUAAGGAAAAGCCUAUUAAACAUCAAAAUAGGUUAUGAUUUUACAAAUUAAGCACCAAGACAUGUUAUAGGUAGGAAGGCACCAUCUGAUCCCUCCUGAGAGAUGGCCAUUCAUCCUCACUGUUAUAAUUAGUUCUAUGGAGAAGUAAAGCUUUAGAGGCAUAGAAUCUUACAUUUGGAAGGGAUCCUGGAGGCCAUCUAGUCCAACCCCAGUCUGCCAAGCUGGAAGGACACCAUCAAAGCCCUCCCGACAGGUGAACAUCCAGCCUGUCAUAGAAUUUUAGAGUUUGAAGGGGCCCCGAAGCCCAUCGAGUCCAACCCCAGUCUGCCUGACUGGAAGGAUACUAUUAAAGCCCUCCUCACAGAAGGCCAUCCAAAAAGCACUCUCUCCUGACGUUUCGCCCACAUUACUGACAGGCAUCCUCAGAGGUCGUGAGGUUUGUUGGAAACCAGGCAAGAGGGGUUUAUUAUCUAUCUGUGGGAUGAUGUCCAGGGUGGGAGGAAGAAAGAACUCGUGCAUGUUGGAGGCAAGCGUGAAGCAUUCUCUCCUCAUGUUUCGCCCACAACCAUGGAAGACCGCCUCGGAGGUCCAAUAUUAUUAAGGUAGAGUCUCACUUAUCAAACAUAAACGGGCCGGCAGAACGUUGGAUAAGCGAAUAUGUUGGAUAAUAAGGAGGGAUUGAGGAAAAGCCUAUUAAACAUAAAAUUACAUUAUGAUUUUACAAAUUAAGCACCAAAUCAUCACGUUAUACAACAAAUUUGACAGAAAAAUUACUUCAAUAUGCAGUAAUACUAUGUAGUAAUUGUAUUUAUGAAUUUAGCACCAAAACAUUGAAAACAUUGACUACAGAAGCAUUGACUACUAAAAGGUCGAGUGCGUUGGAUAAUCCAGAAUGUUGGGUAAGCAAAUGUUGGAUAAGUGAGACUCUACUGUAUUCUGCGCCCAGGCUGGUACAUCCAAUGCUCCGCUAUGUUCCUUUUCUGCAUUACAGGGGUGCUCUUUACUUUUCAUACCUCUAUGUUGCUUUUCUGCAUUGCAGGGGUGCUCUUUACUUUUCAUACCUCUAGGUUGUCUUUCUGCCUUGCAGGGGCGCUCUUUACUUUUCAUACCUCUAUGUUCCAUUUCUGCGUUGCAGGGGCGCUCUUAAUUUUUCAUACUUCUAUGUUCCAUUUCUUCAAAGCAGGGGCGCUCUUUACUUUUCAUAUCUCUAUGUUCCUUUUCUGCAUUGCAGGGGCGCUCUUUACUUUUCAUACCUCUAUGUUGCUUUUCUGCAUUGCAGGGGCGCUCUUUCCUUUUCAUAUCUCUGUUGCUUUUCUGCAUUGCAGAGGCGCUCUUUACUUUUCAUACUUCUAUGUUCCAUUUUUGCAUUGCAGGUGCGCUCUUUGCUUUUCAUACCUCUAUGUUCCAUUUCUGCAUUGCAGGGGCGCUCUUUGCUUUUCAUACCUCUAUGUUCCAUUUCUUCAAAGCAGGGGCGCUCUUUACUUUUCAUAUCUCUAUGUUCCUUUUCUGCAUUGCAGGAGCGCCCUUUACUUUUCAUACUUCUAUGUUCCAUUUCUGCAUUGCGGGGGUCUCUUUACUUUUCAUACCUCUAUGUUCCAUUUCUGCAUUGCAGGGGCUCUCUUGCCUUUUCAUACCUCUAGGUUCCAUUUCAUCAAAGCAGGGGCGCUCUUUGCUUUUCAUACCUCUAUGUUCUAUUUUCGCAUUGCGGGAGCGCUCUUUACUUUUCAUACCUCUAUGUUCCAUUUCCGCAUUGCGGGGGCGCUCUUUGCUUUUCAUACCUCUAUGUUCCAUUUCCGCAUUGCGGGGGCGCUCUUUGCUUUUCAUACCUCUAUGUUCUAUUUCCGCAUUGCAGGAGCGCUCUUUGCUUUUCAUACCUCUAUGUUCUAUUUCCGCAUUGCAGGAGCGCUCUUUACUUUUCAUACCUCUAUGUUCCAUUUCCGCAUUGCGAGGGCGCUCUUUGCUUUUCAUACCUCUAUGUUCCAUUUCCGCAUUGCGGGGGCCCUCUUCACUUUUCAUACCUCUAUGUUUACUUUCUGCAUUGCAGGAGCGCUCUUUGCUUUUCAUACCUCUAUGUUCCAUUUCCGCAUUGCGGGGGCGCUCUUUACUUUUCAUACGUCUAUGUUUACUUUCUGCAUUGCAGGAGCGCUCUUUAGUUUUCAUACUUCAAUGUUCACUUUCUGCAUUGCAGGAGCGCUCUUUACUUUUCAUACCUCUAUGUUCUAUUUCCGCAUUGCGGGGGCGCUCUUUGCUUUUCAUACCUCUAUGUUCCAUUUCCGCAUUGCGGGGGCGCUCUUUACUUUUCAUACGUCUAUGUUCCUUUUCUGCAUUGCAGGAGCGCUCUUUCGUUUUCAUACUUCUAUGUUCACUUUCUGCAUUGCAGGAGCGCUCUUUACUUUUCAUACCUCUAUGUUCUAUUUCCGCAUUGAGGGGGCGCUCUUUACUUUUCAUACCUCUAUGUUCCAUUUCCGCAUUGAGGGGGGCGCUCUUUACUUUUCAUACCUCUAUGUUCCAUUUCCGCAUUGAGGGGGCGCUCUUUACUUUUCAUACCUCUAUGUUCCAUUUCCGCAUUGCGGGGGCGCUCUUUCCUUUUCAUACCUCUAUGUUCCAUUUCCGCAUUGCGGGGGCGCUCUUUCCUUUUCAUACCUCUAUGUUCCAUUUCCGCAUUGAGGGGGGCGCUCUUUACUUUUCAUACGUCUAUGUUUAUUUUCUGCAUUGCAGGAGCGCUCUUUCCUUUUAUACUUCUAUGUUCCAUUUCCGCAUUGCGGGGUUCUCUUUACUUUUCUUACCUCUAUGUUCACUUUCUGCAUUGCAGGGGCGCUCUUUACUUUUCAUACCUCUAUGUUCCUUUUCAGCAUUGCGGGGGCGCUCUUUACUUUUCGUACCUCUAUGAUCCUCCUAUCCCUCCCUUUCCCGCCUCCGCUUUCUUCUCCCAUUGGUUGUUGCUUGGGAGGUCCCGCCCCUUUCCCCUUCCUUCGCUCCCUCAUUGGUCGAAGCGCGUCCUGGCAGAUAUGUAGUGCGGGGGCGUUUCCCAUCGUAGCCGCAAUAAUACAAAAUAAAUAAUUUUAUAAUAUCAGAGAUAUAUAGUAUUCGAGCUUAUUAAUAAUCGUUACGUAUGAUUAUAUUGUUUGAAUAUUAUGUCCAUGGAUGUGUCAGGGUUGGCGACGGAAGGGACGGGUUGUGUGAUGGACCUGCCGGGACUUGGGGGCGGGGCAAGGGGCGUGGCCUGGCGCGUGAGAGCCGGGGAAGGGAACAGCCAAGAUGGCGGCCGGGCAGUGGCCCAUGUACAUGCUGGACUACGGCGGCCUCAAUGUUCCGCUUCCGGGAGCCAUGAAUUAUUCGGACCUCAGUUUCUGAACCAGAACCUCCGAACAAAACAAAACAAAAGAAAUAAUGAACGGUGUGUAAUUUUCGUUUGUACAAAGUGUAUAUUAUUCCAAUAUGUAUUGAUGCCUUUCAGUGUUUCCAAUGAUUUUUACACUAUAUUCCUGCCGCCAGGGCCUUUUUAAAUAAAAAAAGAAUAAGAAGGGUUGCCUUGCUCUGAAAAAUCAAACCGUUUCCUGUUUUUUUUUUCUCUUUAAACGAACAAAUACCGUUUUGUAAUAAACAAAAAUACAAAACAAGAGCCGGGCGAGCGAGCAAGGCUCAGUUGUAAAUGCUCUUUUUAAAUUGAAUUAUUAUUAAUAAUAAUAAAAGUGCUUUACAGUGA